AUGGACGUGCUCCGCAGUUUCAAUGCACGCAUCAUUCUGAAAGCUGAGAAGGAACACCCCUUGGGAUCACACUGGAUAAACGAAGAUGUAAAGCCACUGCCGCCCUCACGUCGUACGUGGGGUGUUUGGUCAUUCGUGUCCUUCUGGGCCAUCAACAAUCUCGUCAUUUACUCGUGGACCACUGGCUCGACCUUGAUCGGCCUUGGUUUGUCUGUCUGGCAAGCCAUGCUCGCUGUCAUCAUUGCACGCAUCAUCAUUAUCCUCAUUGCCGUCUUUAACGGUUACGUCGGUGCUGAGUGGCACAUUGGCUUUGCUGUUCUAUCACGAUUUGUCUGGGGCUUCUGGGGCUCUUUUGUUCCUCUCGUACAGCGCAUCAUCUUGUCUAUGGUGUGGAUGGGUGUUCAAGCAUGGACUGGCGGGCUCUGCAUUUCCGCCAUGCUCAGUGCCAUUUUCCCUUCCUAUCAGAACAUGAGGAACACUAUGCCAGCAUCAGCCAAUAUGCAGACGAAGCAAUUCGUCGGCUUUGUCAUCUUCAAUUUGAUGACUUGCGCCGUCAUUUGGAAACCGGUUGAAAAGACUCGAUGGCUCUUCUUUGCCUUCAAUAUUGUCACCUUCUUGACCAUGCUAGGUCUCCUGGCUUGGUCUGUCGACACGGCUGGCGGUGUAGGAAGGCUUCUCUCAGCCCCAGGCAAGACACAAGGGAGCUACGAAACUGGAUGGGCUAUUGUCAAGGCCAUCUCGAGCGUUAUUGGCAGUAUUGCUGUUGGACUGACCAACCAACCAGACUACUCGCGCUUUGCAACGAAGCCCGGUGACCAAGUCCAUGGUCAAAUCUUCUCCAUCUUCUUCUUUGGCACCAUCGUUCCUUUCCUUGGAUGCGUCACAGCUUCAGCAACCCAGCAAAUCUAUGGCGAAAUUGUUUGGAACCCGCCCGACAUUCUUGCUCGCAUCCUCGAUGACAAUUACACGUCCAAGGCCCGUGCAGGUUGCUUCUUUGCAGCCGUAGGUCUCACACUUUCCCAAUUAGCCAUCAACUGUAUCGAUAAUGCCUUUUCUGGUGGUUUUGACUUGGCAGGCUUGUUUCCAAGGUACCUCAACAUUCGCCGAGGCGCUUACUUGACGCUUGUUAUCGCCAUCUUGUUUCAACCUUGGCAGCUGCUUUCCAGUGCAUCUGUCUUCCUGUCCGUUCUCGGGGUCUAUUCUACCUUCCUAGGACCUAUGGUAGGCAUCAUGAUCACCGACUAUUGGUUCAUCAGGCGUCGCAGGGUGAAGCUGAGUGACUUGUACAAACCGAGUCCCAGCUCCAUCUACUGGUUUACCAAGGGUUUUAACUACCGCAGCUUUGUCGCUUGGAUCCUUGGCUUUAUCUUUCUUCUGCCGGGCUUCGUGCACAACGUCAAUACCAAGAUCCAUGUGCCAGAAGCCUUCAAGAACUUAUACUACCUUUCUUUUCCCCUUGGCUUUGCCAUUUCGGCCACAGUCUUUUAUGGCCUCAACAGUUUCUUCCCUCCAGCUGGACUAGGAGAGAUUGACGAAUUUGACAUGUUUGGUACAUUCACCGAGACUGAAGCACGUCGACUUGGUGUGAAUCCGUUGACCCUCACCGCAGUCGAUUUUCCCAGCAAGCUGAUCACCGGUUCCACCACAUCUGAGAAGACAAUUUAG